AUGAAAACAUCAAACUCGAAUAAAAAUUUUGCAGCAAUUAACAGAAUAAAUGUUGGUUUAUUAAACACAUUUAACAAAGCUGCAAGCUUUCUUAAUUCAAUUUCUAAGAAACUUGGUGAAAAUGGUUACUUAUUUUUCGGAUUUCUCUCUAAUACUCUGGUAUUUGUAUCGAUGACUAGUUUAAAAUUUAUCCCAAAUGUUGACUGGUCUAUUUGUUUUAUUAUUAGAGGAGUAGCUUACUACUUUUUUGGUAUUAUUUGCUCAGUGAUCUACCAGUCUGAAAUGUAAUUCUAAGGGAAGGAUCUGUAUUAUUUAAAUAUAAGAAAUCUGCUUAUGGGAGUAUCCUCAUUAUUCUUAUAAUAUGCUGUUGUUGUUUUACCUAUUACAAUUGUUUGGAUAACUGUAAACAGUAUGCCACUGUUUAUUUUUUUAGUCAAUUAUUAUAUUUUUUCUGUUGAUAUCUCUUUAAAACAAAUCAUAUUUUUAUUUGUUAGUUUGCUAGGAGUCUUAUUGAUCAUGGAUCCUAGCAUGUUUAAAUAGAUUUUUGAAAUGUUUAGAAAAACUAUUAUUUCUGACAAAGAAAACGAAAAGGAUGAAGGCUAAGCAAUUACACCAUUUAUUUAAAUAAUAUCUGUUCUUUUUUUAGCUUCUUAAAUACUAGCUGCUUUCGGAAUUUCUAUUAUUAAAAAGGCUAAUAAUAUUAGUUCAUUAACUGUUACUUUGCAUCUAGGGCUUGUCUGCAUAAUUUUUGGAAGCUUUGCGUUAUUCUAACGUUCUGAUUUCAUUUAAAUGCCUAGCACCUACGAUUUAUUUAUGGUGUUUUUAGUCUAUGGACUUGGCACUUUCUUUCCCUGUAUAAUUUUUAUACAUGGUACCAUGGUCGCCAAAUGCUAAGGAAAAUACUCUCUGACCUCUUAUGUUAAUGUGUUCUAUUCAUUUUUAUUCUCAAUGAUUUAUGAAUAAAAGCAAUUAUCUCUGUACGAAAUCAUAGGAUUCUUUAUUACUUUCUUUGGACUUUACAAAUUAUUGGUUAAAUGA